CGCCGCCCGGUUGCUCCUCCCGUGCCGAGAGCCUAGAAGGCCGGGAGCCGAGUGGGUCUGGGCAGGCGGGGGCUUACCUAGGGAGACCGCGGACUUGGAUCGGAACAACCCUUUGGAGACGCGGUGCAGUCAACUGAAGAGCCACCAUGGGGACGACCGCCCCAGGGCCCAUUCACCUGCUGGAGCUGUGUGACCAGAAGCUCAUGGACUUUGUCUGCAACAUGGACAAUAAGGACUUGGUGUGGCUCAAGGAGAUCGAGGAGGAGGCGGAGCGCAUGUUCACCAGAGAAUUCAGCAGAGAGCCAGAGCUGAUGCCCAAGACGCCUUCUCAGAAGAACCGACGGAAGAAGAGACGGAUUUCCUGUGUUCAGGAUGAAAACAGAGACCCCAUCAGGAAGAGCAGGUUAUCCCGCAGAAAGACUCGGAGCAGCCAGCUGAAUUCCCGGCAGCUCUGUAGCAAGGACAAGGUGGAGAAGCUGGCCACGGUGGUGGGGGAGAAUGACUCUCUUGUGCUGCGGCGGGUGACCCGAGCUGCAGCUGCAGCCGCAGCCGCAGCAGCAGCUGCCGCAGCCUCCACAACCCCAGCUGCACCUUCGCCUACCUCUGGGUCUCCCAUCCUGCCGGCCAAGAAGCUCACGGUGCAGAUAGGCCUGAGCGAGCGCCGGAGUGCUGAGCAGCACCUCACUCAGCUCAAAGCUGCCCCGGCUCUGUCACGGGUUCCGUCCCCAACCCCGGCUCCAGCGUCACCUCCGGCUUCCCAGGGCAUCAUGACUGUGGAUCACGAAUCAACACCUAAGAAGUCAGAGGCUGGGAGACUGGAGUCUGUCACAGUGAGCUCCCUGAUGGCUACACCCCAGGACACCAAGAGUCGGGUUGGGACUGGGCGGUCUGCAUCCAAGCUCAAGAUCGCACAGGCUUCCCCAGGCCCGCGGGACUCUCCGAGCUCUCCAGACUCUCCGUGGAGGGAGCGGGUGCUGGCCCCCAUCCUGCCAGAUAACUUCUCCACCCCUACGGGCUCCCGGUCAGCGCGUCGCAGCCUGAUUACCCCAUCCUCCCCCGGAGCCCACAAGUCUCCCCUGGUAGCUAAACAGGAAGGUACCAGCCGCAGAUCAAGCAGAAAGUUUGCCAAGAAGGCUGCCAAGGAACCCACUGCCUCUGCCCGCAUCAUCUGUCACAGUUACCUGGAGAGGCUUCUGAAUGUUGAGGUGCCCCAAAAAUUCAGCCCUGAGCAGGGGGAGCGUGGUGACGAGGCGGAGCCUGUGCAGCCUGCUGAGCCGGAGGCCCCCAAGAACCAAGGGCUCCCCCAUGUCAAAGUCGUCCUUAGUGCAUCCGUCUUGAAGCCUGCGUCUGGUGACCAGGAAGUGCCCUCUGAAGGGCAGCAAGAGGCCAAGACUGACGAAGCAGACAGACACGGAGAGCCACCCCCGAGCGUCAGGAGGAAGCGCAGCUACAAGCAGGCGAUGAGUGAGCUGGACGAGCAGCACCUGGGCGACGAGGAGCUGCAGCCCCCGAGGAGUAAGACCCCUUCCCCGCCCUGCCCGGCCAGCAAGGUGGUACGGCCCCUCCGGACCUUCCUGCACACAGUGCAGAGGAACCAGAUGCUCAUGACCCCGACCUCGGUGUCCCGCAGCAGUGUCAUGAAGUCCUUCAUUAAGCGCAAUACUCCCCUGCGUGUGGACCCGAAGUGCAGCUUUGUCGAGAAGGAGCGGCAACGCCUGGAGAACCUGCGGCGGAAGGAGGAGGCCGAGCAGCUGCGGAGGCGGAAGGUGGAGGAGGACAGGCGGCGGCGGCUAGAGGAGGUGAAGCUGAAGCGCGAGGAGCGCCUCCGCAAAGUGCUGCAGGCCCGAGAGCGGGUGGAGCAGAUGAAGGAGCAGAAGAAGAAGCAGAUGGAGCAGAAGUUCGCUCAGAUCGAUGAGAAGACCGAGAAGGCCAAGGAGGAGCGGCUGGCAGAGGAGAAGGCCAAGAAAAAGGCUGCGGCCAAGAAGAUGGAGGAAGUGGAGGCGCGUAGGAAGCAGGAGGAGGAGGCGCGCAGGCUCAGGUGGCUCCAGCAGGAGGAGGAGGAGCGGCGACACCAAGAGCAGCUGCAGAAGAAGAAGGAGGAGGAACAGGAGCGGCUGCGCAAGGCGGCCGAGGCCCGGCGGCUGGCAGAGCAGCGGGAGCAGGAGCGGCAGCUGGCGGAGCAGGAGCGGCGGAGGGAGCAGGAGCGGCGGCAGGAGCAGGCGCGGCUCCAGGCUGAGAGGGAGCUGCAGGAGAGGGAGAAGGCCCUGCGGCUACAGAAGGAGCGGCUGCAGAGGGAACUGGAGGAGAAGAAGAAGGAGGAGCAGCAGCGCGCCGAGCAGCGGCUGCAGGAGGAGCAGGAGCAGAAAGCCAAGGAGGCAGCCGGAGCCAGCAAGGGCCUGAACGUGACCAUAGAUGUGCAGUCUCCAGUUUGUACCUCAUAUCAAAUGACUCCACAAGGGCCCAAGACCUGCCCCAAGAUCGUCUCGGAUAACUACGGGAUGGACCUGAAUAGCGAUGACUCCACGGACGAUGAGGCCAACCCCCGGAAGCCUAUUCCCCGCUGGGCUGAAGGCGCCCAGCUCAGGCAGGCCGUCAUCCAACAAUACUACGACCCACCGGACAUUCUUGAGCUUUUCGGACCCAUUCUCCAGCUGGACUUGGAGGACAUCUUCAAGAAGAACAAGCCUCGCUACCACAAGCGCACCAGCUCGGCUGUCUGGAACUCACCGCCCCUGCAGGGCAUCAGGGUCCCUGGCAGCCUGGCCCACAGCCUGAAGAAGUACUGAAGCCGGCCCACGCCUCCCUGCUGUCUCAGCGCCCAUCUGUCUGUCUCUGUUGCCUGACACCCUCCUCCUGGUCUGUCAGUGCUGAGGGCUUGGUCAGGUGGAUCUGAGCCUCCUCUGUAUGUGGCUGUUUGUGUGGAGAUGGACACGGCCCCAGGCCUGUGGGAGGUGGGCUUGGUGGGUGGCUGGGGAGAAGCAGGCCCAGCCCCAACCAGCCUGCAGGCAGCACUGUGUAAAUAGAUUGUUAUAGUCAGCAGAAUUUUAGUCUGUGGUGUUUUAGAGGUAGAUUAAUAAAGUGUGUUCUUUCCAGCCGGCUGUGGGUAUCAUGAAGACUAGGCGCUGCAGCACAAUGUCCUGGAUCUUGGCCCUGCGUUCUUGUGUCUCUGGCCACGAGAUGGUCUGGAGAACCAAGGCACUGCUCCUUCACUGGGGUCUGCUGCGUGGUCACUGGUCAGGGGGUCCCGCCCCAGAGUGCUGACCUGACGGCCGAAUCCCAUACCCUUGGGAGACACUCUGAUGGCUUCCAUCAUGGGGCAGGUGAAGAUGCUUCCUGUUUUGGGCGUUGCUCCCUGUUUGUAGGGGAAUUUCAUUCUUUGGGAAAGACUUGGGCCUUGGCACAGUUCUGGCACGUAGUCCCUCAGCCCGUCUGCUCCUCGGGCUCCACCCUCGCGGCAGGGAUGCUGGAAGGACUUGAGAAGGUCAGGUGCCACUGAAGCAUGAGGUCUGAUUGGCGCGGGGUGGCCCCUUGAGACUACUUGGACCCCUGCUGGCGGGCAGUGAGUGUUCCUCAAUGUUAAAACCAGGCAGCAGCCGGUUAAGGGGUGGGUGCCAGUCAAGAGUGACCCUGGUUCUGGCUACUAGGUGCCCCGCUGCUCUAGUCCCUAGAAUAGAGGCGGGUAAACUGUGGCCUGUGGGCCAAAUCAAGCUGCAGUAAAUUUUUUGUUUUAUUGGAACAUACUUUUUGGAAAUGCCAGUUGGUCUGUCCAUCCCCAUCUGCUGUCUCCUGAAGGUAGAAUUAAGUUAUGCAGCAGAAGCCUUGUGGCCUGUAAAGCCAAAAAUUCUGUUGUCUGAACUUGUACAGAAAAACUUCCUGACCCUUGCUGUAGGACCAAAUAAAGGCUAAAUAUAAGAAGGCUUUAAAAAGGAAGGAAAUAGUGAACAUACCUGAUAGACCGAAGUCCAGGAGACUGCCCACGUAAAGACAGCCAUUUUACGGUUCAUUCAAAUGUGGUGGACAAUGCAGGCUUGUUCCCUCCGUUCUCUUGACUGGAAACUUGUGUUAACUGGAGAGCGUCUUUGUUGGAGAUCAUAACAUCAAAGUAUCUCUCUGAUAAGCAUAUCGAUAUAACGUGUCCAAGAAGAAGCCGUUAUUCAGCAGGAAGUUGGAUUCCAGUUCUGCGUCUUGACCAGCAUUUGAUGUUGCCAGUAUUUCUUUAUCCUCUAAUAGGAGUGUAGUGGUGUCUUCUCAUGGUUUUAAUUUACUUCUUCCUCAAGGCUGAAGAGGGUGAAUGUUAUUUUGAGUGGUUAUUUUCCAUUUGUAUAUUAUUUUUUGUGAAGAAUCUGUUAAAGUCUUGUUCAGUCCUAAAUGGGGUUAUUGUCUUACUGUUGAAUUUAAGAAUCCUUGUAUGGUGUGAAUACAAAUCUGUUGCCAGA